AUGUUUCUUCAACAAGGUUUGGGCUUGCUGGCCCUCAUUGCCUCCGAUGUCCUAGCUGCAACAGUUCCUCAUGGAAAGCACCACAACCCCAUCAAAGGUGCAUUUGGAAAACGUGAGUCGUCAAACACCACAGAGAUAUACGACUAUGUGGUCGUGGGAUCUGGCCCGGGAGGUGGCCCAGUGGCAUCUCGACUUGCCCGUGCAGGGCACAGAGUGCUGCUGAUUGAUGCGGGCGAUGAUCAGGGCGACUCCAUUCUGUAUCAGACGCCAGCUCUGCAUUUACAUUCGACUGAAUAUGCCCCAAUGCGCUGGGAUUACUGGGUUAAUUAUUACCCUGACUUCGAACGCCAAAAAAAGAAUUCCAAGUUUACCUAUAGAAAGGAAAAUGGUCAAGUUCACGUCGGGCAGAAUGCGCCUUCUGAUGCUAAACCUUUGGGGAUUCUAUAUCCCCGUGCAGGCACGCUAGGAGGCUGUGCCUCCCACAAUGCAAUGGUCACCAUCUACCCUCAUAAAAGCGACUGGCUUAACAUUGAGACCAUCACUGGUGAUGCAUCUUGGUCUCCUGAUAACAUGCGGAAGUACUUUCAACGUCUUGAGCGGUCACGAUACGUUCCCAAUGGCUUUGUCGGCCACGGCUUCGAAGGUUGGCUCGAAACUACCGUGACGGACUUGUCUCUAGCAGCCCAAGAUCUCAAACUCCUCUCGCUGGUUAUUGCACUUGGCACUGCAAUGGGAAAUAGUGUCGGAAGCCUGAUCACCACGGUGACUGGGCUGGCUGGGGUUCUGCUUGGUGAUAUCAACGCGGACACUCCGCUCCGUGACUCCACUGAGGCCGCGUAUCAGGUUCCCCUUGCAAUCAAUGCUCCUGACUAUAAACGAAAUGGGCCCCGUGAAUUUAUCCUCGAUACGGCCAACGCAGUUAAUGAAGAUGGUUCUCGAAAAUACCACCUGGACCUUGCACUCAAUACCUUGGUGACCAAUGUUCGGUUUGAUACCUCUGGUAAUAAGCCAAGGGCUGUUGGUGUUGAUUUCCUCAAAGGCAAAAGCCUCUACGCAGCGGAUCCCCGCGCAACUGGUGCGGAGGAGGGAAUCCCAGGUAGAGUCACUGCAACCAAGGAAGUGAUUCUCUCUGCCGGGGCUUUCAACACCCCUCAACUCCUCAAACUCAGCGGUAUUGGACCCAAAGAAGAGCUUAAGAAAUUCAAUAUUCCAGUCCUCGUGGACCUCCCCGGAGUUGGCCAAAACCUCCAGGACCGCUAUGAGACUGGUCUUAUUGCAGAGACCCAAAGCGACUUCUCCAUCAUUUCCAAAUGCACUUUCCUAGCCACAGACCCAGAUCCAUGCCUCGAGCAGUACCAAAAGGGCGUUGGGUCUCUCGAAAAGGGAAUAUACACAUCCAGUGGCCUUGCGGUCGGUAUCGUCAAACGAACUUCCGCAUCCGCUGGUGACCCGGAUGUCCUCAUAUCCGGUGCUCCGGUCUGGUUCCCCGGUUUUUACCCCGGUUGCUCCGUUAAGGCUAUAACUGAUGCUCGUCACUGGACGUGGAUCACCCUCAAAGCACACACGCGCAACAACGCUGGAACAGUCAAGCUACGCUCCAGAAACCCCCGGGACACGCCCGUGAUUAACUUCAACUCCUUCGACUCUGGCGUCACGGCUGACGGUGCAGACGAGAAGGACCUGCAGGCCAUGGUUGAGUCGAUCGAAUUCUCGCGCAAGAUCUUUGAGAACGUCAUCCCUCUCGAUGGGACUUUUAAGGAGGUCUGGCCGGGCCCAGAGAGAGCUAACAACACUGAGAGCCUCAAGGAAUUUAUCAAGAACGAGGUUUGGGGCCACCAUGCGUCCUGCACCUGUCCCAUUGGUGCCGAUGGUGACCCCAUGGCAGUAUUGGAUUCCAAUUUCCGCGUCCGUGGCGUAAACGGCCUCCGUGUCGUCGAUGCUUCUUCUUUCCCUAAGAUACCUGGCUUCUAUAUUUCAUUACCCAUCUAUAUGAUCAGCGAGAAGGCUGCGGAGGUUAUUCUAGAGGCAAAAAGUGGAUCUUAG